AUGGUGCAAAAGAGAAGUUCAGAGGAGCACGAAAAGGGUAUUUCUGUACAGGGCGAGAUGGUCAACGUCGAUGACCCAAGCGGGGGUGGAGCUUCCUUGACUGCCCACCGCCUUUGCCUGCAGUUGACUACUUUACCUACUGUACUCGGCACUCCACUCCACUUUAUCUCUACCACCCCCAUCUUACUACUCCAACACAUCAUGGAUCUGGUGGCCAGUAUACGCAAAGAAGGGAGUCGUGGCGGCCGCAACGAGUUCAAAUGGACCGACGUCCAGAGCUCCACCCACCGCGAAAACUACUUGGGCCACUCGGUGAUGGCCCCAGUCGGACGCUGGCAACAAGGCAAAGAUCUAGGCUGGUACGCUAAGGGCGAGGAAGGUGACCAAGAGGCAGAAGCCCGCAAGCAACAAGAAGAACGACAACGAGUCAAGGAUGCCGAAGAAGAAGCCAUGGCCCUCGCGCUGGGUCUCCCACCGCCAGUAAAAGCUCAAGUCCGAGAUAACGCCAAUCUCGAACCCCUUGGCGGCCAAAAUACCGAUCUGGCCCGAGAAGAGUCAGCCAAAAAUGACAACAACGGAUCUGGUGCGGGGAAGUCGGACCGAGAAUCUCGCGGAGAUCGCGAUCGCGAUCGCAGACACAGACGGGAGCGCAGUCGUAGCCCGCGGAGGGAACGAGAGCGACGGGGAGAUCGCAGUGAUGAUCGUGGUCGUGAUCGCGAUCGGGAUCGCCGUCAUCGCAGAGACCGCGAUGAUCGGGCUCGUGGUCGGGAUCAAGAUCGGGAUCGGGAUACUAGGGAUCGUCAGCCUCGUGGCCAUCGGCAUCGGUCUCGGUCCAGGGAUCACGACCGUCCCCACAGAAGACGAUCUCGUUCGCGCUCGCGAGACCGACCUCAUCGCAAAAAUGAUGAUCAUCCUAAACAUCGACGAGCAGACCGCAGCUACUCCCCCGCCGAGCGACGAGUCAAUGCUGAGCGACGCCGAGACUGA